AUGGGAGUUUGGGCUCCUCCUGAUCAUACUGUAUCAGAUGGACGGGCCACGUUUCCAAGGCUGUACAAUCAAGAGCAGAAGUUGAAUUCUGUUCCUGAUGAUUGUGAAAACAAAAAGAACCAGGAGGAUGAUAUGAUGGGUGAGUUUAACAAAGCCCAUGAAGCUAUUAGUUCGUUAGAUAAUUCGAUUGCUAAGAUUCGAAUUGAGCUACCUUCAACUAAGACUUUCCUCGGUACGAGGAAAAUGGAGAACUUACCUACCAUGAACAGGACAAAUUCUGGGAUAAGAAGGAAGCCUUUUAUGGUAAUUGGAAUAAACACUGCCUUCAGUGGCAGAAGAAGACGUGAUUCCAUUAGAGAAACCUGGAUGCCCCAAGGUGAAAAGCUACUCCGAUUAGAGCACGAAAAGGGGAUCAUUGUCCGUUUCAUGAUUGGCCACAG